CUUUCUAUCAUCAACCAACAGCAAGCAAUCCAAUAACUUCCAUCUGUUCAUACAUCUCUUCAAAACCUUUAAAAGAAUUCAAACUUUCAUACAAAAGAAGUAGAAAUGGCUUUGGCAAGAAGUCUAUUGGGUGCAAGGAAGAUUCUUGGCCUCUCCGUCGCAGCAGCUUCUACGAGCAAGAGAGCAGCCUCGGCGGCACCUAAAGGGUUUCUUGCGGUGUACGUAGGAGAAAGCCAGAAGAAGAGAUAUAUUGUGCCGAUCUCAUAUUUGAGCCAGCCUUCGUUUCAAGCUCUUCUCAGUAAAUCCGAGGAAGAGUUUGGGUUCGAUCAUCCGAUGGGUGGCUUAACGAUCCCCUGUCCCGAAGAUACCUUCAUCACCGUGACUUCUCAGCUGCAAUGAUGAUGAGCCAACAUUUUGUUCUUUGAAUUAGAGUUUUAGACUUAGUCAUUGUAAAUAGAUGAAUUUUUACUCUUUCUUGUUGAAAGAGUUAUUCGAAAAGGUUAGAAUAUAUAUAUUUCCGUUUUCAUGCAA